GAGUUUAUAUCGGACGCAGAAAACAUCAUUCCAAUUCGUACAUAAUCUUAUCAGUUUUGCAUUGCGCUUUCGAUUGUUUCUAGCAUUUAUUGCCUAAACGAGUCGUUGUUUGUGCCAAAAUCCUUUAUUUCUAGAAAACUGCAUUCGCUAUGACCGAAGCCCAGAUUUGUGACAUUAGUUCAGAGGCCAAAGAGGAAAUUAGCAAAUUCCGUUUUCGCCGUAAUGCGACUAACACAGCCUUGAUUUUAAAAAUUGACCGCGAGAAGCAGCUGGUCACCGUAGACGAACUGCUGGAUGACGUAUCCGUAGAGGAUCUGCAGGAGCAACUGCCGAGCCAUCAGCCGCGGUACAUCAUCUAUAGCUAUAAAAUGAUCCACGACGAUUCGCGAAUAUCCUAUCCGAUGUGCUUUAUAUUCUAUACCCCUCGGGAUAGCCAAAUGGAAUUAUGCAUGCUGUACGCCAAAACGCGUAUGGCUUUGCAGCGCGAAGCGGAUUUAACUAGAUACUACGAAAUUCGCGAACUUGACGACAUGACUGAGGAUUGGCUAAAAGAAAAACUGAAGUAAGUUGCAGCUUCAAAUCAAACUGAAGAGGCAUCCUACAAUUGCAAAAGCCAAAAGUUGCCAAGCAUUAUCAUACGAUUUAUUUCUUCCUAAAUAUAUAUAUUUGUGAAUGAAUGACAUUGGCUGUAAUCUGUACAAAGUGCAGUUAGCUUACGUGAAUUUAAGCCAUGCUUUGUAAAGACAACAAAAGACAAACGAUCUAUUUUCGCCUGGUAACAUAUAUCGCAUCAAGAGCUCUGUGAUGAAGGCAUUUUAUCCCCAUAGCGUUGGUUUUAAACUCCACAAUUCUAAAUCAUAAACUUUUUUAUUAUUUUGAUUGAUAGUUAUAGCACAGCGAAAAUGACUAUACACCAACUACUAGAAUGUGGUUACAUUUUUACCUAUGGAACGCUGUUUAUAUGCUAAUGUAAGAUAUUCAACCAUAUAGAGUAGUCAGCGUGCAAACAUUCGAUGCAGGAAGACGUUUUGCUUAUAUUUAAAUAAGGCAUAAUCAAACCCAUAAUUGCAUUAGGCAAGUAGACUUAGAACGGUAGUAAAGGCCUUUAGCAUGAGCAACUUUAAGAAAUAUUUCCCACAACGUUACACUAUUUUGUUUUUAUCGAAGCUUUUGUCAUUAAGUACAAAUGAUUAUUGAAAAAUGCGUUAGCUUUUUUAAGUUUGAAGUGAAUCAAUCUACAACUUCUUAAAAUUUUGCGUUGGCUAUAAAAUGAUUUGAGGCUUUUCUAAACCAUAGAUUACAUAGAGCUGAAUAUAGUAACUGUAAUGUUCUAAACAGGAGAUCACUUCCUGGCACAAUAUUGCGAUAAAUUAUACCUAUCAGAACGUUAUCAAACGUAACACAAUACUAUAUUUUGUAGCACGUUUCUUAGAAAGGUGAAGUACAAGUUAGUACAUUUGCGUGCUAUAUAGUAGUUUUUAACGGUAAAUCGAACAGAAUAGCGAACGUAAGCCAGACAUAUACUGCAAAAUAAUAAAAAAAACUGAUAUUGGAUAAUCAUUGAAAUAAUACAGAGCAUCAGAAUAAGAUCCAAUAGAAUGGUGAAAGAAUGCCGAAGCAAACAAAAAUACGCAUAGCAUUAGCUGUACUAAGAUAAGUGCUAUUAUUCUAU